GGUGAAAUGACGUAACGUGCUGUUGAUGUUGAAUGGCUAUAAAGGAACGUCGAUUCUACGUCCUGGGCUGGCUAUUUAUUUUCUAAUCAUCACUCAAACACAUCAUACAGCAGUCCAUUACCUACCAUCAUAAACACCAAUACCAAACACCCCCAUCUACAUCUUCACCAUGCAGUUCUCUACUACCUUCGCUAUUGUCGCCGCCCUCACUGGCUCUGCUAUGGCCGCCCCUGCCACCACUGACAACCAGUGUGUUCCCAACUACAGCAACUGCUUCUCCGAUACCACUGGCCAGUUCCUCGGCUCCUGCUGCGAGGGUCUCAUCUGCGUCGCCAACCGCUGCCGCGACCCCAAGGAGUUGACCGCCAACCAGAACCAGAACACUUGCAUUGCCAACUACCAGAACUGCUUCUCCGACACCACUGGCGAGUCUCUCGGUGCUUGCUGCGACGGCCUCAUCUGCGUUGCCAACCGCUGCCGCGACCCCAAGGAGCUCACUGCUGGCAAGAAGGCCGAGCAGCAGUGCCUCAAGGAGAACGACGACUGCUUCUCCCACACUGGCCAGCCCCUUGGCUCUUGCUGCGAGGGUCUGAUCUGUGCUGCUGACAAGUGCCGCAACCCCAAGCACCUGUAAAUUUACCCGCUACCAAUCCCUGCAUCUCCUGUAAAAUAGUUUGAUCUUUAUAGCGAAUCUAUCUAUUUUUUGAAACACAAAUAUAUGAAUCAUAGAAUC